CAGCCCGAGGUAAGCGUGGUGACGGUGUCCACGGCAACGGGUGCAGUGCAGCUUCUUCAGGAAGACCUGCAUUGGUGAUUGUGACCACCGCGUGUGGUUGCAGCAGACCUGAGCCUGCUGCACCAGUUUCUGCUGGAAGACAACACUCACUUUAACCACAAUGCCGCAGAACGAGCAUAUUGAGCUUCACCAGAAGCGCCAUGGCCGGCGCCUGGAUUAUGAGACGCACAUGCGGAAAAAGGCUGCAAGAGCCCACAAAGACCUUUCAUGGAAGGCACAGAAAUUGCAUGGAAUAAAGGGCAAGCUCUUUGGAAAAGAACGUCGGAAGGAGAAGAUUCAGAUGAAGAAGACCCUGAAAGCCCAUGAAGAGAAACUCAACAAAAAGAAGAACAAGGAGGAAGUGCCAGAAGGUGCCAUUCCAUCCUAUCUUUUGGACCGUGAGGGUGAAUCGAGAGCCAAAGUCUUGUCUAAUAUGAUCAAACAGAAGAGGAAGGAGAAGGCUGGUAAAUGGGAUGUUCCACUUCCUAAAGUUAGGGCACAGUCUGAAGCAGAAGUGUUCAAAGUUAUCAAGACCGGUAAGAGAAGAAAGAAAGCCUGGCAGCGUAUGGUGACUAAAAUUACUUACGUUGGUGACAACUUCACAAGAAAGCCUCCCAAGUUUGAAAGGUUCAUAAGACCAAUGGCACUCAGAUUCAAGAAAGCUCAUGUUACACAUCCAGAACUGAAAGCAACAUUUUGCUUGCCCAUAAUUGGAGUGAAAAAGAACCCAAGUUCAACCAUGUACACAUCAUUGGGAGUGAUUACAAAGGGUACUGUAAUAGAAGUGAACAUUAGUGAACUGGGUCUUGUGACUCAGAGUGGUAAAGUUGUUUGGGGCAAGUAUGCCCAAGUUACAAAUAAUCCAGAAAAUGAUGGUUGCAUUAAUGCAAUUCUGUUGAUCUUCGUUAAAACCUUAACGGGGAAGACCAUCACCCUUGAGGUCGAGCCUUCAGAUACUAUCGAAAAUGUGAAGGCAAAGAUCCAGGAUAAAGAGGGAAUUCCCCCAGACCAACAGCGUCUCAUCUUCGCUGGCAAGCAACUUGAAGAUGGUCGUACUCUGUCUGACUACAACAUCCAGAAAGAAUCGACUCUUCACUUGGUACUGCGCCUUCGUGGUGGUGCCAAGAAGCGCAAGAAGAAGAAUUACACUACCCCCAAGAAGAUUAAGCACAAGCAUAAGAAGGUUAAGCUUGCUGUGCUGAAGUACUAUAAGGUGGAUGAUAAUGGCAAGAUCACCCGCCAGCGCCGUGAGUGUCCCAGCGAGGAGUGUGGUGCUGGUGUGUUCAUGGCCAACAUGUUUGAUCGUCAGUACUGUGGAAGAUGCCACUUGACUUUUGUCUUUAAUAAGCCAGAAUAAAGUUGAUGGUA